CAACCAAGGAGCGAGGGAAAAGCUCUGUCAACAAAGCUCUGACUAAUAUACGUGUAAACAUCGUGAGAUACUAGAAGGACCCAGUUGUUCUACAGUUAGUUACAAUACCACGUUGUAUUGGGCGGUUACUAUAAAGAAAAAAAGGAUGGUGAUGGAUACGACUUUCAGCAGCUUAACCCCCGGGCCUGUUUUAGGGGGAAUUGUAUUUGUGACUGCACUUCUAGCUCCCGGGAUCAUAUACAGACGCAAAAGGAAAAGUGUUUCCACGACAGUCACCUAUCCCCCAGGAUGUCGUCAUACUACAUCAGGCUAGUCGGGCCCCGUAUGCUCCCAGUCUCAGUCCUUUCGCCAUUAAACUGGAAACGUACCUCCGCGUCGCUAAGAUUCCGUAUCAAAACGUGUAUGAUGCGAAAAGAGGUUCCAAAGGAAAGAUACCAUGGAUCGAGUACAAUGGUGUGUCUGUGCCGGAUACGGAAUUCAUUAUCAAGUUUCUUCGCGAAAAACGUUCAAUGGAUAUCAACGAAGGAUUAACUGCGGAACAACGCGCCGUUGCACGCGCAUUCCAAAAGAUGGUGGACGAACACACGUACUGGAUUAUGAUUCUGUUUCGCUGGAUUUAUGACGAGACGAAGGAGGUCAUCAAUCUGUCACAGUGGUGGCGACUUAAAGUGAAAAUAGUGACAUACAUGGCACGGAAACAAACUCACGAUCAGGGCGUGGGACGCCAUUCACAGGAAGAGGUGGAGGCCAUUUUGGACGGCGACUUCAAAGCAUUAUCACAAUAUUUAGGAGACAAGCAGUACUUUUUUGGAGAUACUCCGACGGAAGUAGAUUGUGCCAUUUUUGGACAAUUAUCACAACUGAUGUGGCAUUUACCACACACGGCCGCACCGACGUUACUCAGAGAUAAACACCCAAAUCUAGUGGAUUAUUGUGACAGGAUCAAAACAACCUAUUGGCCAGAUUGGAGUAGCUGUAUUACACAUGGUGAUAAACAAAGUGCGAGUUAACAGAAAUACGAACAAUCUUUAUUGUGACCUUAUCAUUUAUUUAUUUUAACAUUGUAACAGAAAUACGAACAAUAUUUAUUGUGACUUUAUCAUUUAUUUAUUUGAACAUUAUGCAAUAAAUUCCAUUAACUUAAUCAUCCUUGCCGACCUUGAUGAAAGAUGAUCGCUAUCCAGUGCGCCACCCUAUCAUUCUGGGCUUCUGUAAGACAUUUCAUCACUUCAAUCAGAUCAUUAUUAUGAAAAUAAAAACAGUAUUAUGUAACCUAAAAAGUAUUGAUAUAGUGACGAAGUAAAAAGUGCUUAUCGUGAUCAAAUAUAUUGUAUAUGCGUGAAAGUGACAUAAUGACUACCGAGAUGAAUUCACUCCCGAGUGUAUUACAAUAUGAUUAUGUUCGUAAAUUCAUGAAUUCAGUUUUAUAUAGCAUGAGAAAUAUUUUAUGUGUCUUAGAGAAUCAUUUGGUGAUUUAAUGCUUAACAACGUCAUGAAUGAAUCAAUGAAUUUAUAAAUAAAUGAAUGAACGAAUGAAUGAUUAUAUUUAUGAAAGAAUGAAUGAAUAGAUUUAUGAAUGAAUGAAUGAAUGAUUGGAUUUAUGAAUGUAUAAAUAAAUGAAAAUAACAAAACUGAAUUGAUGCACGAAAGACAAGUUAUUAUGAACUAUUACAUAUGUAUUACAAAUGACGAAUG